UGGCAACAAAAACACAAAACAACAAGAAGAUGAAAGAUGGCAGACGAAAGCGAGUGCGACACAGAGGCCGCGGAAAAUGGGCUCAUCUUUGAGUCAAAACGGUUCGCGAACGGCCGAAGACGCGAGACGAACCUUCUGCACUGCCUCGCCAAUCGACAGGUCUACGGCAGUCACGUGUCCAGCCACCGAGCCUCCCUAUCUUCCGUCAACGCAAAGCCUUUGCCCGACUCGUAUUUCCAAUUCCAGCUCGAGGACAUUUUCCCAGCCUCUGCCUUGCUCAAAGGCCACAUCGUCCUGGGCUUCUCGAGAUGCGGACAGUUCCUCUUGACGUACACCAUCAACUCGUACGAGUCUUCGGGCCUCAACUUCACCUACAACUACACCCUGCACUGGUGGGUGUGCAUUCCGAGAAGCACGGCCAGAAGGGUGGCCGAGGUCACGCUCUUCAAGAACCAGGGCGUCGAGGAGAAUCUGUUCAUUUCUCUGUGCCAGUGGCCCAACGACAACAGCAAGAUGCUCAUCUACGGAACUUCAGACCCUUAUAACUCGAUUACCACACAAACAAAGCCUUUUUAUGUGACUGUGACCAUGGUUCCUUCUUUACACAACUGCAACGAAUGUCAAAGGGUAGCAGCAACUUUUGACGUUGAAGAUUUGGCUGCAAACUGGGACAGUUGUGUGCGGUUCAGUUGUCUCCGACAUGGUGCCACCGUACACACCUCAUGUGACAUUGUUGCGCCGUACCCAACCUUCGAGCCUUCCAUCUGCAUGAAGCUGGACGGCACCGUCGUCAUCAACACCGGAAACUUUCUGCACGUGCUCACUGUCGACCUGGAGAACUCGAGGGGGUGCAAGGAGGAGCCCGAGGGGAGUGUGGCCGUGAGUCGCCUGUUGGCCUCCAGUCAGGACGACCUCGAGCUGACCUCUGCCCAGGUCAAGCAGUUCCCCUUUUUGCUGCUCAAGAGUCCUGCGUACGGCAGCAGUGAGGAAGGAGAGGAAUCGGAGAGCUGGAGGAGAAGACAUUUGGAGUCUGAAAGUGAAGAUUCCCACCUCAGUUCGGACCUUUCUUGCUCUAAACCGCAGAUGUGGUCAAAUCAGCUUCCGGACUCGAUCAAAUUCAACAAACCGCCACCAAACCAGCGCAGCAAACAGCAGCUGGAGGAGGCGGAAAAGGCCUACGAGUUCAUCGAGGAAAACCCGCCCGAGAUCAAACUGAGUGUUUACCGGAUGCGCCGGUUGGCGGACAAGAAGUACGAGUUCUGCGCGGACGAGGAGGGCUCGGAGAACAUCACUCCGUACCGCCAAGCCAAGCUGGAUUCACCAAGCAAGACUGAUGGUAGAAGUAGGAGUCUGUUGCCCCAGCAGGCCACAAUGCAGGAGCUGUACAUUUACACGUCGCCGCCUUUCUCCCCUGCAGACAGCGACGACAGCAGCAAAGUGCUGCGGCCUCUCAACUCCAAUUUGCCCUUUUUUGAUAACAAGAACAGUCCAAAGUCGUGUGUGAUGGCCGAGCUUGCCUCGCCGGGUAACAACCGGAGCAGGAAAGAAACCUUGUGUGGUCCAGUCAUCGAAAAGAAACCCUUCAAGUAUUUGGUGAAGCUCCAGCGGCGGUACUUUGAAAUAGAUGACGAAAUGAUCUCAGUUAUCACAGACAUUGAAGACGACGACAUGAGUAGUUUGACAGGGUACCACUCGGCCUUGCCUUUGGAAGUUCACGGCUCAGGUUACGCUCAAAUGCAAAUGGUCUCAAAUUCGAAGGCAGAAAAAUUGAAAUUCUCUUGUGUCCUUGUGAAGCAAUGCAGCUUUGAUAUUGAACAGUUUUGCCAUGAGAUAGGUCAGGUUUUGUGUAGUGAAGCAGGAAUGCAGUAUUGGUUCUGCAGCGACUACGACGUAGAAAUUGUUGAUAUGUGCCCCAGCUCAGGAGACUUGAUAGUCAUUGCCUUUAUCCUGUUGCAAGCGAGUAAAAAGUGUGCAAAAAAUGCAAGGAGUGCCAGCCUUAAUAGACGGACAUUUCAAGCGAGUUUCCUUUUCCUGUGGAACAUUCAGACUGGACGUUACAAUGUAACAAGAACCUCAACACUAAAAGAAGCAGAUACCCUUGUCGGAGUUCAGUGGCACCCAGCCAGAAUGGAGAGAGAUUCGCUGAGGAUCUCUUCUCCGCCCCUCAUGGCCCACCCGAGGAUCAGAGAACUGACCAACAUCAGUGUUCUUCAAGGAGAAUCACUACCAACUCUUUUGGACACGGAGAACCACAUGGCCAUCAGACUGCAUGAAUAGGGAGAGAGAAAGACCGCAUUGAAUUAAGGGUUAAUUGCAUUUUGCCUGCAGUCCACUGGUUGUAGAAACUUGGAUAGCGCUCUGUAUUUAUUACCCAUUCCAAGAACAACAAUAAUCAAUGCUCAUCAAAUUGCCUACUGCAUAAGACUUCAUCGUGUUUAACUUAAUUUUAUUAUUAAAUACCAUCUUGUUGUGAUUUUUCUGAAAUGUCAGAUGAUUUUAAUUUGUGACUCGCACUUGUUUUCUGUGACUGCUGAACCACCGUUUCAAUGAUUUACUAUUGCUUUGGCCACUUUGGAACAGACCUGAAGAGCUUUUCUGUUCUGGCUUCCGACUGGUCAAAGUUAUAAGUGUUACUUUUCUUGCCAACUGAAGUCUUACUUCUGAAUUAUUUAUUUUUCGGUCUCUUCCAAUUGUUUAGCUCAAUAUUUUGUGCUACGUUUUAUGCACUGAAUUGAAUCUUUAAAUUUGCUGAUUGACUGUGUGAAAAGUGUAAUUUUCCGGAUAAAGCUAAAGUUAUUUUGAAUGCUAGCUCACUUGUAGCAUAUAAACGCUAAUUCUGAAUAAUUAGUUUAAGUGAAUUUCAAAGAUCUAUUAUACCUUCAACUGUGUUACUUUGUGCUUAUGAUUGCAAUAAUUGAAAGUACUGAAAAGAAUGAAUAUAUUGCGUGCUAUUGAUAACACACACUGUACUGAGUGAAUUAUUUUUAUGUAACCAGAAAAAUUUGGCAAUAAAAAAAACGAAUGAGAUAUACAUAUAUAUAAUCCAUGUCUUAUU